AUGACCAGAACAUCGUUGCCCGCCGGCGAAGUCCAGGUGCUGAUUAUUGACAACUAUGACAGUUUCACCUGGAACCUCUAUCAGUACUUGUGUCUACUCGGCGCAUCAGUCUCCGUCAUCCGUUCGCAAGCCUGUACCCUCGAUGAACUCGUAGCUUCCUACCCCAACCUCACCCAUCUCGUCAUCUCACCCGGUCCCGGCCACCCUUCUACCGACUCGGGAAUCUCGAUCCCAGCUAUCCAUCAUUAUGCUGGCAAGAUUCCGAUUCUCGGGAUCUGUAUGGGUCUUCAAUGUAUCUACUCGGCCUUCGGCGGCCAAGUCUCCAAAGUUGGAGAGAUCGUCCACGGAAAGACUUCGCUCGUCUCACAUGACGCAAGAGGUCUCUUCAAAGCCCUCCCCCCGCACAUCCAGUGCACCCGAUACCACAGCCUUGCCGGCCGAUCCGGCACCCUGCCCUCCGAGCUAGAGGUCACCUGCUGGACCAAUUCAAAUCCCCAGCUGGCCAACGAUCCUGCUCCGUUUGACGACACAUCCUCGAUCAUCAUGGGCGUCAGACAUAAGCUGCUGACUAUCGAAUCAGUCCAAUACCACCCCGAGAGCAUCCUUUCUGAAGAGGGCAAACCCUUCCUAUCGAAUUUUUUGAAUCUUCGAGGCGGCCACUGGGCCGAAAAUCCCGACUCUCACGUCUCUCCCACCCCCAAGUCUAAGCCCACCCCACCCGCCGAAUCAUCAAAUCAGCAGACAAUAUUGGAAAAAAUUUGCGUGCAAAGAGCAAACGAUCUCAUUGAGGCCAAGUGUAUCCCCGGUUCAUCCCCCACCGACCUCAAGCGCAAGCUUGCUGCCAAUGUCCCUCCGGUCCAAAUCGACUUCUAUGAACGCAUUCGCCAAACCACGACCGGCAAGGUAGCCUUGAUGGCCGAGAUCAAACGUGCAUCUCCUUCAAAAGGCUCUUUCAUCACUCCAACCACCCCAAGCUCACCCGCGAUCGCCGUCUCCUAUGCCGCCGCUGGUGCAUCCGUCAUCUCAGUCUUGACCGAGCCCAAGUGGUUCAAGGGUACCCUGUUAGACAUGCUUGAAGUCCGCCUGUCAGUCGAAAACGUGCCUAACCGACCAGCAAUACUCCGCAAAGAUUUUAUCAUCGAUCCAUAUCAAAUUGACGAGGCUAGAUGCUAUGGGGCCGAUACGAUCUUGUUGAUUGUCGCCUGCCUCAGUCUUGAUCAACUGAGGCUCCUCUACAACCACGCCAAAUCACUCGGCAUGGAGCCCCUCGUCGAAGUCGCCAAUGCCGCCGAACUUGAAGUGGCACUCCAGAUUAGGCCCCGAGUGAUUGGUGUCAACAAUCGGAACUUGCACGAUUUCCGGGUCGACAUGAGUACCACCUCGAAGAUGCUGGAUGAACUGAACGCGCGAAACUCUACUCAGAACGGAAACUCCGACGAGAUCAUCAUGUGCGCUCUCAGUGGAAUCUCAGGUCGAGCUGAUGUCGAAAGAUACGCUGCAGAGGGUGUUGGUGCUGUCCUGGUUGGCGAGGCGCUGAUGAAGGCCGAAGAUAAAGUUAGCUUCGUCCACGACCUACUAGGCAUCACACCUGCCCCGAAACUCACCAAGCGGAAACCACUCGUCAAGAUCUGCGGGAUCAAAACUGUCGAGGCAGCUCUUCACGCAACCAAGGCUGGAGCCGACCUUCUCGGCUUGAUCUUUGUUCCGAAGAGUAAACGCUACGUUACGCCGCAACAAGCCGAUGCGAUUAUCAAGGCAGUCCGCAAGUCGAGUGAAGAAUCCCCGAAACCAUCCCUAGAAUCGGAAGAGAGCGAAUUGGACACCACCGAUUGGUUCAGUUUGCAAUCGUCUCGGCUGCUUCAAAAACGCAGGACUCAGCGAAGACCAUUGAUCGUUGGCGUGUUCCAAAACUCGAGCCUCAGUGAGAUCGAGAAGAUCGUCAACCAACUGGGAGAUGCGAUCGACUUGAUCCAAUUGCACGGCUCGGAAGACGUUCGGAUGGCCAAGUUUCUAUCCAAACCGGUCAUCAAAGCCUUCCACAUCGAUGUCGAAAAGGGGAGAAGAAGUCUUAACGAGUGUGAAGAGUCUUUCCAAUCAGGAUUCCAGAAAACCUUGUCGAUGAUCAACGAGCCCGGCAUGCACGCAUUCUCCAUCCUGGACAGCGCCAGCCUCAGCCAAUGUGGAGGGACCGGCCAAACCUUCAACUGGGACUCGGUCAAAACCCACCUGGCUUCCUCCACAACCACCCACCAUAACCUGGUGAUCGCUGGCGGAUUGAACGCUCACAACGUCGCGAAGUGCAUCGAGACUUUCGACCCCUUCAUUCUCGAUAUCUGUUCGGGAGUCGAGCUCGAGAACUGCGAUAGUCAAGUGGCCGAGAAUAAGGAUUUCAAGAAGAUUUCCCAAGUCAUCGACCUCAUCAAAUCCCAUUCUUGA